AUGCCGGUCAUACAACCCAAGGCUGGCUCAUACUCGGCGCCGCAGCAACACAAGCAGCCGUCGAGAAAGGGCAGAAAGGCAUGGAGAAAAAACGUGGACGUCUCGGAGGUGGAGCGGGGACUGGAAGAGCGUAACGAAGAGAUUAUUAAGGGUGGCUUGGUGAAGGAGACAGAAUCGGCCGACCUCUUCCAAAUAGAAGAGACGGGAGACCUCGAGGUCGCCAAGAAGCUUUCCAAGAAGACAAAGACGCUCAAAGUCGACGAGAUUCUCGCACAGCGGUCGGCCGUCCCAGCCGUGUCGGGUCGGAAGCGGGCAGGAGACAACGGCAACAAAACGACGGACGGUGUCCUGACCGCCAAGCGCCAGCGCAAAGACUACGUGCCCCAGAAAGAGUUGGCCCACCUUAAGAAGGUCGCCGACGGACACCACGCCGAAACAGUUACGAUUCAGGAUGCGACGUACGAUCUGUGGGGCGCAGCACCGACCUCGAAGGCCGUCGCAGCCACCUCCCUGCCGGCCGACAAGGACGACAAGUACACUUUCAUCCCCCGCGUUCCCGGUGCCAAGGUCCCCGCCACAAUGAAGCACGCACCCAUAUCGCUGGCGGCCAAUGGCAAGGCGGUCCCGGCCAUCGCGAAGCCCAAAGGCGACAUGAGCUACAACCCUGCAUUUGAGGACUACGAGAACCGAUUGACGCUCGAGGGCAACAAGGCCGUCGAGGCUGAGAAGAAGCGCCUGGCGGACGAGGAGGCCGAGCGCGUCCGCAUGGAGGGCGUGGCACGGUCGGCGGCCGAGGCUGACGAGGCUGCGGCGCGCGAGGCGCUCUCUCAGUGGGACGAGGACUCCGCCUGGGAGGGCUUCCAGAGCGGUGCUGAGACGGACAACGACGGCACAGGCAGCGCCAAGCGGCCGAAGCGCAAGACGCCGGCACAGCGCAAUCGUGCGAACCGCCGCAAGGAGGCCGAGGCCAAGAAGCGGCACGACGCCAUGACCCUGCGGAAGCAGGAGCAGGCCAAGAACAUUGAGAAGCUGCUCGCCGAGGACAAGUUCAAGCGCGAGCAGGCUCUUGCCCUGGCGGCGGCAGCAGGCUCAUCCGACGACGAGAGCGACGAGGAGGGCGGCGACGACAAUGCGCUGCGGCGGCGGCAGCUGGGCAAGUUCCACCUGCCCGAGAAGGACCUGGAGAUCAUGCUGCCGGAUGAGCUGCCCGACUCACUACGUCUGCUGAAGCCCGAGGGCAAUCUGCUCAAGGACCGGUACCGCAGCUUGCUGGUGCGCGGCAAGGUGGAGGCGCGCCGCAAGCGGCCGUUCAAGAAGCAGGCCAAGGCCAAGAUCACGGAGAAGUGGGCUCACAAAGACUUCCAUCUAUUUUAA